AGGAAUACCCCCGUGGCGCAAUGGAUCAGCGCGUUGGACUUCUAAUUCAAAGGUUGUGGGUUCGAGUCCCAUCGGGGGUGCCUAUUCUUUUUGGCUUUUAAUCUAUAUUUUGCAGGUUGUAAAGAAUAUAAAAGGUAAAGAUAAGAUGAGAAAAUAGACCAAUUUCAACAUUGUUAUCUUUCUGUCGAAGAAAGUGACUUCAAAACGAAUAUAAAUUUUUGUUAUUGAUUUCUUGUUGAAGCCUGGCACUAGUAAAGAAAAACAAAUUUUCAUCAAAUUUUCAAAAUUAAAAGUUAUUUCUAUGGAAACAAUGUUAACAAACUUUCUUUACUAAUACUUGAAAUGUCUCAUAAGUAUGACCUGUUGCUUAUAAACUCAGAUGGAAACUCUGAGAAGAAGAAAAUACCAUGGUACCGAGAAAGACUUAAAACAAAAUAUAUAAACCCCAAAAAAGCCAAACAGUGUUCAGGUUGUAUGGUUGGUUCAUCGUGGAGAUUUAUUAAGUCAGGUUUAGAUGAUUUUCGUUGUGGAAUGCCACCGAAUGCUGCUGAUAAAAUGGUUUUGGGAGGAUACACAGGCAUUUCUCCUAAUGUGAACAAUGUUACGGCAAAUGAAACACAAGAAGAUAAUAGUCUUUUUUGUCAGAAAAAGAGGUUUACCAAAAAUGAAGUUAUUUACUCAAAAAUGCUACCAAUGCAGCAAAGGAAGCAUGAAAAUGUGGAAGAUAUCGAGUUUAGUCUUCUUCAACAUCAUUUAGCAUUAUUUCCUCAUCUUGAAGAGUCAGUACCACCAGAGGUUUUUGAAGACGUGGUUGACAUUUUGGAUCCAGAAUUGCAACUGGAGAGUGAAGAUGGAACAGAUCUGGAUUAUCACUACAUUGUUCAAGAGCCAGAUGAAAACAAUGCAAAGGUAUCCUUUGAUCAAGCACAGUCACUUUCACCAACAGAUACAGAUAGGAAAAGUGCACAAGAUGUUGGAAAAAAUCGUUAUAAAUGGCUCCCCAAGAAAGAUGACAAUUUAAAGGAGGAAAAAGGCAAAUUAAUGAAAAAGAAAAUUGACACAACAAGUUUGAAUGAUAAAAUGCAAAACGUUACUAAGGAAUUUUGCACUUGGGUUGAAAAUUUGGGAGGUGAAACAAAUAAUAUUGAAGAAUCAACUGUGAUGAGCUUGUUUGCUAGUGGAUACGAAACUAAGCCCACUUUAUCUGUUCCGAUCCAUGUUGUGGAGUUAACGAAUGUUCCCCCUGAAUUACGAGUGAAUGCUAGCACGUCUGCAGCCUCGCCUUUUCAACCAAACGUGGAUUUCAAAGAACCUGAAAUGCUGAAACACCAAACAUACACGCCAAGUUGGGUUAAGGUGAAAUAUGGAGCUUGGUACUUAAAUCCUAAAACUUGGAAAAAGCAUAAAGAAGGAGAACCGACGCAAGCUCCUCAAACUGAAAGGCAGGAAAACAUUGUGUCGGAAGCUAAGGCUGAGAGCAAAAAACUGGAUAAGGAAUUGUUAGCUCUACAUGGUGCUCGUGCUUUCAAAGGUUUCGUUGACAAAAAAGGUAGUCGUAAGCCUGAAUUCCUGUCUGUGGUUGAAAAACUUCAAGAAGAAAUUGGAAAAACGAACUUUAUAACUCCAGUUGGACAAUCUAACGUAAUGCCAUCCGUAGCUGUUGUAAAUCCAGGAGUUUAAAUCAAUUUGAUGUAUAAACCUUCUGCGUUUUCUUUUUCCACUUCGGCCAAAAUUUAGAAACUUUUCUUUAGGAAAAUUAAUUGCGUUGUUUAAAAAGUAAAAAGUUCUUUCAUCAAAUUCAAGACGUUUAAAACAACGCAACCACGUCGAUUUUAGGGAGCUAACCCCAAGAACUAAAACAACAUACGUCACACUUUUUGAAAAACAUCAACCUUGAAAAAUAACAGCAAAAGAAAAUAUUGCAAUGAUAGAAAUUUUGUAAAUAGAAUGGUAUGAAAUUUAGGUGACUAUAAUUAUUUUCAUUCUUGUUUUUGUGAUUGAAAGAUACUUUUAGUUUGGCUGGUAUGAAGCAAAGAGUUUGUGUUGUGAAUCUUUGUGCAUAUGUAUAACAACAUAAACCUAAACUUGCAGUAAAUUUGAGUAGCUAUCUCUUCUA